UCUCCAUCAACGCUCAUUUACCGCCGUUUCCUCCUCACUGCCGCCGCCCGCCAUGUCUGCCCCCGCUACCCGCGCCCUAAGACGCUGUGUCUGCAACGCCAGAUCUUCUUCCACAUAUGUUCGCGCCGCACCAGUGACCCUCGCACAGCAAAGGCCGGCGCGGAGAUGGCAGUCUACCGACGCGACAGCUGCUACGAACCCAAAGAUCGCCAGUAUUGUGGACCAGAUAAGUCAAUUGACGCUGUUGGAGACGGCGGAUUUGGUUUCUACCCUGAAGGCCCGCCUUAACAUCCCCGACAUGCCCAUGGGAGGCUUCGUAGCAGCCGGCCCUGGAGGAGCCGCUGCACCCGCCGCUGCACCUGCCGCCGAGGAGGAGGAAGCCGCGCCGCCCGCACAAGAGAAAUCUCUCUUCAACCUAAAGCUUGAGAAGUUUGACGCCGCUGCGAAACCCAAGGUUAUCAAGGAGAUCAAGGCUAUGCUCGGCCUGUCCCUAGUCGACAGCAAGAAGUUCGUGGAGAGCGCACCAAAGAUGAUGAAGGAGGCCGUGCCCAAGGAGGAGGCCGAGAAGAUUGUUGAGGCGCUGAAGGCGAUUGGAGCCACGGUCACUAUGGAAUAGACCGGAUAUCAUAUGCUGGGAGCAUUGGAACGAUAUGGAAGGAGAGCGUGUAGUGUGUGGAGCCAUAUAACCUGUACUAUACGUUGAGCAUUUCCGAUGUACAGAUAACGGGUUCGAGUUCUUGCAUGUAUUCUAGAAUAAACAGACGCAGGAUCAGGGACAGAUGCCCAGGCAUGCCCUCUUGGUAUCUCCCAUGUCCCUAUCCCACUCAUGUAACGCCGAACAAUGCACCAUAAA